CUUCGGCUCUUCACACAGAGGAUCCGGGACGGGCGCCGCUCCGGGCCGAGGAGUGGCGACGUGGCCGGCCGUGCUGGGCCAUGUGGCACGUGAAGGGGGCGAGGUGCAUGUCCACCUGGCGGCUUCCGCGCGUGGGGGCCCGCCCGCAUAGACCACGGGCCGGGCUUGGAGGAGAAAAGAUAUUUGCGCGCGGCGGCCCACGUCGCUUUCCAAUCUCCGCUCCUCCAAUCGGCUCCCCGCGCCCACGUGAACGCCCGGCCCGGCCGCCCCACGCUUUUCCUCCCGCGCCGGCUCCGUGCGCUCGGUCCACCGGCGCCGACUGGCCGUCGCCCGUCGCCGCGGCCAGCGGGGGUGGAGGAGCCGUGGACCUCUCCCAGCGAGGCGCCCCGCGGGAGGCGGUGUCCUCAUCCGUGGCGCAUGUAUAUAUAGGAUCCUCCCCUGUCGACUCUGCACGCCUUAUCGUCACACACGGAAUCAGAUUGCGGGCAGCCAUAGACUCUCCCUUUGCUGUAGCUAUAGCAAACUGUUUCCCGGGAGAGGUAGACGGAGAGAGAGAGAGGUCAACAGGGCACUGCCUGCCUAGUGUGUUGCUCAACGCCUCAACCAAAAAAAAGCCAGAAGGAUCCAUCCAUCCAUCCAUCCAUGGCUCCCGGAGACGACUCUAAUCCUGCCUCUUAUAUCCACACGGUGCAGCACCUGAUAGAGAGGUGCAUGACGUUCGGGAUGAGCAUGGAGGAGUGCAUGGAGGCGCUGGCCAAGCGCGCCGACGUCCAGCCGGUCGUCACCUCCACAGUGUGGAAGGAGCUGGAGAAGGAGAACAAGGAGUUCUUCGACAAGUACAAGCAGUGGAUAUCGGAGAAGAGAAGCGCAAGCACCUCCUAGCACAGUAUAGAACUGAAUUAGCUGCUGCUGGCUUGCUUAAAUAGUUAUGAUGUUUAUUGUUUAGUUAAUUUUGGAUUUAUUACUCAAUUACUGUGUUUAAUUAGAGAGGAAUAAGGCGUAGGGAGGUCGAUCAGCUGCUAAUGUGAUCUUCUGUAAUCACAGACAUCAUGUUGGCUGUGGCGUUAUGUGUACAUACAGGGUAAAGCAGGGGAAGCCAUGCAUAUUAUCGUGCGCACAACUCUUAUCUUAUACGUA